AUGGGCGACCAAAAGAAGGGAGUCCCUGACGCCCAUGAGGUUGGCGCAAAACUCAGGCAGGUGAUAACGGAUGACCGGACGGGCUUGCAAGAAAUCUAUGGCAAGACAGAGGCGGAGCUGAAUAAAAGUUUGGAGGUGCCAACUAGAACGGGAGAGGAAAUGGCGAGAAAGUUGAUUAGGGAGAUGGAAUGCAGUUACGAGAUUGCAAUAGAUUUAACUGUGCUAACGCUUUAUGAUCUGGCUGUACUAAUCGGUAUACCCCAACCCCAAUAGUUGCUCCUUGGAAUUUUUUUUGCUCAUAGUUGGAUGGAUGGAUAGAUGACUCUGGUUCCAUGAUCUGCGAAGAAAAUGGCGCGAGGAAAGAGACCCUAAUACAAUACGUCGACUGCAUCACGGAAAUUUAUACGAUGGCAAAUGAAUCCGGCAUCCUUGCUAUGCGCUUCAUGAACAGUCGGGGAGAGAAAAGAAACUGGACCGGGAAGUCGCGGGAAUAUCUGGAUCUGCACAGCUAUCGAGGUGCAGCAAGGAUAGGAACGGAGCUUAAAAGGAAGAUUCUGGACAAAUUCGUGAUUGGAAAUCCCAAUCAGAUAAAACCCUUACUAGUGAUAACUAUCACUGGCGGCAUAGUAUUCCUCCUUCUUAAGAUCACUAAGGCUAUAUAAUAACCAUCGGGGAUAGAUUUCGGGUGAGAGGAGAGGCCUUUUGAGAAAUGUCAUCAGGGAUUGUGUGAAUGAGCGUGUUGGAGCGGGCAAAGGGUUCGACGGUUAGUCGGUCGCGGGUUCUUAAUCUACUGUCACUCCAAUACUUAAAAGGACCCCCAGCCGCGACAUUCCAAUUCUCGAAAAUCGGAACCGAUACCGGCGGAACUCAGCUAUUAGGACAACUAGACCAAGACCAAGACCUCGGACAAUACAUCGACAUGUUGCCGCUCGAACCCGAUUUUGGACGUCAGCUUGCAGAAGAUAAGUGGUUUGUGGUAUGUCAUAAUCCUCCCUUCCCCAAGCUCAUUUAUCCGAAAUGGAAGCCCCACUGACUUGGUAUUGCCUUCUGGAAAAUAGUUGCCGAAGAUCUUGCUUGGUGCAAUUUUACCUGAUGUAAGGCUUCCCCAUCCAACCCCUAUCCCAGCAAAAUUCGUUAAUAAUGGAACGCAGUGGGAUCGCCAAGAUUGCUACGGCCAUUGCUAUGCCAUCACAGAGGACCACCUCGCCGUAGAUGUUGAGGGUAGCGCGGGAGAUGAUUCUGGAGAAGACUGGGCCGAGUGA